UAGAAUGAUGUACAAGCAUAGUGAGAAAGUUUGAAGCAGCUAACUCAGAUUUAAUUGUACCGCUUACAAAGUGAUAAGACUUACAUCUUGACUUGUAAGCUACAGGCUAUUAUGAUUUUCGUCACUAAUUGCUCGUUAACUUAAGACCUAGCCUAAAAUUGUCUAAUUCGACUUGUCUAUUAAAACAUAAAAAAAAAAGUUCCGAUCUUUGGCGUUUCUUACUGCUUUUGGAGGGGACGAUAAAGGGAAGGUGUAUCGCUCUAUGUAGGAACAAAGGAUAGAGAGCUUUAUCCAUUUCCAUCUAGCUAAGGUAGCUACUUAGUUUUACCCCUGAACCUUCUCCUGUUUAUCUCGUGCGCAACUCUCUCUCUCAGUAAAUUCUAGAUAUGGGUUUUCGAUGAUCUGUGCUUUCUUGUUCUCGUCUCCCUUGAAUUCUCAGUUGCCAAUUCUGUUCCCAGAGCUCCCUUCUGCUGCUUCCUCUGUUUUCUUUUGUGUGUGGGUAUGGGUUUUAUGCUUCAAGGUGUGAUUACGAUUACAUUUGCUUCUUGUUCUCUUUCUUAAUGUUUAUGCAAAAUGGGAAUUGAUGAGGAGAAUAAAAAGAUGUCAUCAUCUUUAUAUCUGUGAUCUACAUCCUUUUUCUGCUUCCCUUUCCAUCUACCCUUCUGGUUCUUGUUUGGUGGCUGAGAAGAGAGGGGGGGAAAGGUUUAACAGGAAGGAAAUGAAACCAGGAGGCUUUUUCUGUGGUCUACAACUCUACAUACCUUUUGCUUCAUUUCUCGCUUCUGGGUUUUGUUUGGUUGCUGGAAAAUAGAAACAAAGUUAAAAACCUUUUCCUCCAUCCUCCUUCCUUCCCUCCAUUUUCUUCCUAGGACCAACUUGCAUAUAGAUUAGAGAAGAAAAUGGCAAUUCAACUUGAGGACCCACUUGUGCUUGUUUCUUUGAUUAAUCAGUUUCAGCUUGCCAUACCUCUCUCUCUCUCUCUCUCUCUCUCUCUCUCUCUCUCAGCAACCAAACAAACCCCAGAAAGUGGAAACUGCUAACUAGGAAAAUGGCAAGAGGUCUUCAUCCCUAGUGUAGAGGUUAAAGACCCUAAUAAACCUUCUUCUUUUAUUAAUUUCUCUCUUGUCAUUACCUCAUUCGGUUGCUUCCAAAACAUUCUGGAUUGCACCAUUGGGGAAUUUCUAUUCUUUGAAUAUUCGAUCUAUGAUCUAUAGUACUAGCACUAGACUUGGUGGGUAUGUCACAAGAUUUUUCAGACUCAUAUAUAAAAACUCUUAGAUCCUCACCUUUCUGACUCAUUGGGAAUCUUCUGACGCAAAUGAAGUUUUGUGCUUUUAUAUUAGGUGUAUAAAAGGAGACACCAUACACAUUCUUCGUCAGCAGUUCAAGUUCUCUCGAAAUGGGGCAUCUUUCUGCAAUGUUCAAGCUUGCAAGGUCUCUCUCUAUGAAGAAAAGCAAGAACUUUUGUGGGGAUGGAGAUAAUGUUGGUGGUGGUGGUGGUGGUAGAGAAGCAGCUAAGGCAAUGGAGAAAGAAGCAAAGAAGAAUGAGUUGAUUUUGAGAUCGUCUGGCUGUAUGAAUGUUGCUGGUUCGAAGAACUUGGCAUCGUUGUUCUCGAAGAGGGGAGAGAAGGGUGUGAAUCAGGAUUGCUUCAUUGUUUGGGAGGAAUUCGGUUGCCAAGAGGAUAUGACAUUCUGCGGGGUAUUCGACGGUCAUGGACCAUGGGGACAUUUUGUGUCCAAGAAAGUGAGGGAAUCACUGCCAUCACACCUGCUUUGCAACUGGCAAGAAGCCUUGGCUGCUGCUGAGUCCUCUUCAGACGAUUAUCUUCUCGACGAAAUCGACUUGGGAUCGGAUAAAAAUCUCCAGAGAUUCAACAUGUGGAAGCAUUGUUACUUAAAGGCAUGUGCUGCUGUGGAUCAGGAGCUGGAGCAGCAUCGCAAGAUUGAUUCCUUUUACAGUGGCACCACUGCCUUGACCAUCGUCAGACAGGGAGAGUUGCUUUAUGUAGCAAAUGUUGGAGAUUCAAGAGCUGUUUUGGCCACAACAUCAGAAGAUGGAAACUUGAUGCCUGUUCAGCUAACCGUAGACUUCAAGCCCAGCCUACCUCAAGAGGCAAAGAGAAUAGUGGAAUGCAAAGGCAGAGUGUUCUGCCUCGACGACGAGCCAGGGGUUCAAAGGGUAUGGCUGCCGGACGAGGAAUCGCCAGGGCUAGCAAUGUCUCGAGCUUUCGGAGACCACUGCAUCAAAGAUUUUGGUCUAAUCUCUGUGCCCGAAGUGACGCAGAGACGCAUUUCUGGUAAAGAUCAGUUCUUGAUCAUGGCGACGGAUGGAGUGUGGGACGUGGUGUCGAACCAGGAAGCCGUGCAGAUCGUGUCGGCGGUGGCGGACCGGUCGAAGGCGGCCAAGUGUCUGGUGAAGGCGGCGAUGAAGGCUUGGAGGCGGCGAAGGAGAGGGAUUGCCAUGGAUGACAUCUCUGCUGUGUGCUUGUUCUUGCAUUCUCCCCCGCCACCUGCUUUUGCCACAAAGAUAGGUUGAGAAAAGUGGAUGGGGGAUUUUGUUCUGUUUGUAAAUGGACCACAAUGGUUCACUUUUGAGCAAACUAGAGUUAUUAUGCAAGUGAAUUUUUUUUCUUCCUUAUUAGGAUUAGGGUUUUCUGUUAAUUCGGCUCUUUUCCCCUGUUAAAGCUCUAACCCCCUCCCUUCUCUGUUCUCUCCCAUGUACCUUGCUUUCUCUUCUUUGGCAUUUACGAUUGGAGUCGAUAAGCGUGGACCCAUGUCUUCAAUGACUUCUAAACACACAGAAAAAGAGUUUGAAGAUUCAUGUCAUCAAUCAAAAGGAACUGGUGAA